AUGAACUCCCGGGCAGCUCCGAGCAGGGUCGUCGUCUGCUCCGUCGCGUCCGCCGAGGGGUUCAUCUCCGCAGCACCGAUCCUCCUUCCCGAGGGCCCUUGGAAGCAGGUAGAAGGCGGCGUUACUGACGCGAAGGGGUUCAAGGCGGCGGGCAUCUAUGGUGGGUUGCGUGCCAAGGGCGAGAAACCUGACUUGGCACUGGUCGCCUGCGACGUCGACGCAACUGUAGCAGGGUCGUGCUGUGUUAAUAAUGCUGGACAAGCAAAUGCUGCAACUGGUGAUCUUGGCUAUCAGGAUGCAGUGGAUAGUGCAGAUGCUGUUGCCAAGCUUCUCAAUGUGAGCACAUAUAACAUACUGAUUCAGUCUACUGGUGUCAUUGGUCAAAGGAUAAAGAAGGUUUUAACCACAGAUGCUCAAGUCAGCAGUGAUGUCUGGAGAGAAAUGGUCCGGACAUCAGUGAGUAGAAGUUUCAACCAAAUUACAAUACAAAUCUCCCUGAUUAGGAUAAACUUGCCUAUGUGGCUUCCAACAUGGUGUCUGACACGUAUGGAACACAAUAGCGGCAAUGAUGAUGAAGAGCAUGGAGACGUCUCCGGCUCCACUCUGGAUUCUCUACUACCUUAUGAUUACUCAUUGAUUAAAGAGAUUUUCGUCUCUAGUUGUUCAUUUGACAAGUUUUAG